AUGGAGCCUUCGCCAAAGCGGCGGCGAUCCAACAGUGAGCCCCGCGCAGGCAUUCCGCAGAAUUCACGUGCUGACCUCGCGAACGACGUUCAGAGGCUCCUGGCUGAAGGACAGCUUCUUGAAGCACGGGCUCGCUGCGAGAGGGAGGCGGCGCUGUUCCCGCAGUGGUCCGAGCCUUGGUUCCUGCGUGGCUUCGUGCACGAUGUCGCGCACGAGCACCACCAGGUGGUGCUCUGCAUGGAAAGGGCAUUAGCAUUGGAUGAGAACCGCGCAGAUGCUUGGCUGUUCUUGGCAGAGUGCGCUUAUCGCCGGGGUGACUUCGAAGGCGCCUUCCACGCAUUCGACGAAGUUUGCCGUUUGGACCCGAAUGGUGCAGCGGCACAGCAGGCGGCGGCUGACAAGGCGCUGUUGAGACGAAACCUCCGCUGCGUAGUGGUGAGUCGGAACAUCUGGCAGCCCGAGAUGGCGCAAGCUUUCUGCAAAGAAUCUGGUGCAGCAGAUUCCCGGCCCUCUCCUUCGGUCCGGCUGUGGGAUGCCGCGCUGCCGGAGGAGCUCUUCGAGUUGGUAAGGGAGAGUGUGGACGAUCUCUGCAUUUGGCGGACGAAGAGCCCAUCACGAAUGAGCACGUUCUGGUUGGAUCGGAGCGCCGAGCCAAGGACAGCCGCCGAGGUUGCUGGGAGGGAGCUGCUCAAGCUGAUGGGCGAGGACUACCAGCAGUAUCUUGGCAUUGAGUGGUGGUGUCGCAACCAGGCUGCGCAGAUGGGUGCGCACUUCCACUACGAUACAGCUAUCUCGGGCUGUGAAGGGGGAGCCGCCUCUGCGGAACUCAUUCGUCCGACCUUUUCCAGCGUGCUCUACCUGGGGGAUGUGGGUGGCCCCACGGUGGUUUUGGACCAGGUGGCCUCUUCGCAGUCGAAGCUCUGCCCACGUUUGCCGGGCAUGGCCUGGACGGUUGCAACAAGCCCGAACCGGUGGCUGGUCUUCCCGGGCACACUCUUUCACGGUGCGGCAUCCUUUGGAGCCCGCGAGGUACAGCCGACUGCGCCGCGCUUCGUUGUUCUGUACAACUUUUGGGCAGAGCAUCGGCCGGCGGGACCGGCUUGCCAAGUGCCUCAUUUCGAGGACUACCGGCCGGUUUGCAGCAUCUCCCCUGCAGCACGCUACGUGCUCCCAGCCUCCAGGAUCGCAGAGCUGCGGCCGCUCUGGGAGGCACGGAAGCGGCCAGCGGUGGAGUUGCAUUCCUCGGAAGUUUGCCGGACCGAGGAUAUGCCGCAGUCGCUUCUCGUGGAGGACUUUCAAUAUGGCUUGCCAUUCCCUGACCGGGAG